AUGGUUCUUCCUUUUCGCCAGCAUUUCCUAGCUCCCAUUUCUUCAUCUCCCCCACUUUCAAAAUCCACCCCUUUUCCCCGAAAUGCCCUUCCUCGUACAUUUGCUUCUCGCCGGAGUUUUCCCAAGUAUUCCGAUCCUCGUCAUGUUCGGAGUUCGCCUGAGACGAAAUUUACCAUAGAGUAUCGGAAUCCCAUUUCUCAUAAUGGCUCUCUCCACUCACGUUUAGUUGUCAGAUGCAGAGACCAUGAUGAACCUCGGUCAACGUUCGUUUCUUCUAAGCUUUCCGGUGAUGAAAAGAUCGAAACUUUACAGAAGGUCGAGGAUUUGGAGAUUACCCACGAAACGAAGAAGGGAAAGAGUUUCUGGGCUGCCGUAAGUUUGAUCAUCGGAACCGCCGUUGGUCCCGGAAUGCUCGGUCUCCCAGCUGCAACUAUCAGAUCUGGCUCGGUCCCAUCGACCAUCGCUCUACUUUGUUCUUGGGUUUACGUCAUCUCCUCCAUUCUUCUCGUGGCUGAGCUCAGCUUUGCAGCUAUGGGAGAAGACAAUGCAGCAGAGGUUAGCUUCACAGGGCUUGCAACGAAGUCCUUUGGGAACAAAUUUGGAGUCUUUGUAGCUCUUGUCUAUGCUUCACUGAGUUUCUCUCUGAUGGUUGCUUGCGUCUCGGGUAUUGGCUCCAUUGUGUCUCUAUGGUUUCCUUCCAUGAACCCAUUCUUGGCCAAUGCUGUGUUCCCUCUGGUUUCCGGAAUCUUAAUCGGAUUUUUCCCAUUCGAUGCCAUUGAUAUCACCAACAGGUGUCUCUGCUUCCUCAUGCUCUUCUCUAUAACUUCACUUGUGGCCAUUGGUUUAUCUGUGGCUAGGUCUAAUGUGUUAGCCUCAUUUGGUCAAUCGUGUUGGAAAGUCUCUGCGGUUUUACCUGCGGUUCCUGUUAUGGUACUGACGCUAGGGUUUCAUGUCAUCACUCCUUUCAUAUGCAAUCUCGCAGGUGAUUCGGUUUCAGAUGCUCGGAGAGCUAUUCUUGUAGGCGGUGUUGUGCCAUUGGUUAUGGUGUUGUCAUGGAAUCUCAUUGUUUUGGGGCUUGCAAGAAUCAAUGUCCCUGUACUUUCUUCAUCCAUUGACCCAAUCUCUCUACUUCUAUCUGUGAACCCUUCUGCUCUAUCUGCUGUUCAAGGCUUUGCUUUCUCAGCUUUAGCCACCAGUUUAAUCGGAUACGCUGUUAGCUUCCCGAAGCAGCUCCUCGAUACAUGGAAGCUUGUGUCUAAGCAAUCAAAUGGCAAUGGAAACGGGAGAAUUGGGUCGGUAAGUUUCUCAUCGGAGGAGGGUACUAAGAGAACCAAUGGGAGAGUUUCAUACAGCGAACCAUCAAGAGCUCCUGAGAAUUUCGAAGCAGUAGUGAUGCUGUUUGUGCUCGGAGUUCCAGCUGUAAUUGCAACAUUCUUUCCCUCGACGUUCUCGAGAGCUCUGGAUUUCGCUGGCGUUUAUGCAAACUGCUUCCUCUUUGGUGUCUUGCCUCCUGCGAUGGCUUAUACUCAACAGUCCAGAAAGAAGCUCAGGUCAAUGGUUCUUCCGGGAGGAAACUUUACACUGCUGAUCUUAUUCGUAAUCGCUAUUAUUCUGGGAAUAUGGCAUUAG